AUGGCCAACAAUUUAGGAAAUCUUGCCCUCGAUGGCGGUGACCCUCGCAUUGAUGGGAUAGGCGAAGUGGGAGUACCAACGGCCGUUCGUCGCAAUAUGCAUGACCCGAAUGUUCCCUUCGAAGAGUACUUAUACUUUGCAAAGAUUCAACGUGAACAAGAGAAGAACGGACUUGGCCCAGAGGAACGAGAGAGAAUGUAUCAGGAAUAUCUUGCCGGAGUAGACAAUGUUGCCGGAACAGAAAUCGGUGACGAGAAAAAGACACUUCCAGAGAUUGAGGAUGAGAAGACAGCACCCGAGAUAGUCAACGAAUCGAAACCUAGCUCUAUCACCAAGGCUCAUAUUGUUUCACAUGUUGGAGCUGGUGAAUGGGAAACCGCAUCUCGAGCUGCUAGGAAUGCUACCUGGGGAGCUGUUGUAUACCUCAUCACCACCGAUAUUUUAGGUCCAUCCAAUGCGCCAUAUUCCGUUUCACAAUUCGGAUAUGUUGGAGGUGUAAUGAUGUAUUUCUUCAUGGGUAUCAUGGCCUUCUUCGCUGGAUGGCAAAUCUGGCGCAUGUUCUUGAAGCUCGACAGCGAUAGGUGGCCCAUGAGGACAUUUGGUGACUUGGGGUUCAGAAUUUUCGGAACUUAUGCUCGCCAUGGUAUGAAUCUUCUGCAAAGUAUCCAAUUGCUAUUCAACGUUGGUGUCAUUGUUAUCUCCAACGGCCAAGGUCUGUCUGAGAUGUCCAAGUACAAGCUCUGCUUUUCCAUUUGUAUCUUGGUCUGGGUACUUGCCGGCAUGGUCCUCGGUCAAAUUCGCUCUCUGCAAAAAUUCGGUCAUCUAGCCAAUUUCGCCAUUUGGUUGAAUAUCCUCGUUAUUUUCAUGACAAUGGGUGUAGCAGCUCACAGCGCUCCAAAUUAUGACGCCGUGCUCGCUUCUUUUGGUAUUGCGAAAGCUCCUAUUACCCAUACUAUUUGGAUACCUUCCGGCUCGACCUUCGAUUCCCAAUUAAGUUCCGCUAUGCAAAUCGUCUAUGCUUAUGGUGGCGCAAUGCUGUACUGCGAAUUCAUGGCCGAAAUGAAACGACCUCUCGACUUUAUCAAGGCCCAAUUCGUCGCUGAAAUUUUCAUUUUCCUCUGCUACCUCAUCUUCGGUCUUGUCGUUUACUCCCAACAAGGCCAAUUUACCUACAACCCUGCUAACCAGGGUCUCUCUCCUUACGCCUGGCAAACCGUCACCAACGCCCUGUCCCUCAUCUCGGGUCUCAUCGCCGCUGUUCUAUACGGUAACAUCGGUAUUAAAGUCAUCUACCAAAACAUCGUCGAGGAUCUCUUCGGUGGCCCCGAGCUCACGACCACAAAAGGAAAACUCAUUUGGAUCGCCAUCGUCCCUCUAUACUGGGCCUUUGCAUUCGUCCUCGGAUCCGCCGUUCCCCAAUUCACCAACAUCUCCUCGCUCGUAGCCGCAGUCUGCAUCAUGCAAUUUACCUACACCUUCCCCACGAUCCUCUACCUCGGCAUGAUCAUGAAAGAAGACGCCACGCACGCCGACGAAACAUUCGAUCCCGUCGCCGGAACAAUCCACCGAGUAGAUACCUGGAAAGAUGCGAGUAGAUGGAAGAGAGCCCUAGCGCCAAGAUGGUGGUUGAAGAUUUUCUGUUUCUUGUUCUUCCUGGCAAGUGCUGCGACGGCCGUUUUGGGCAUGUACACGAGUAUUAAAAGUAUCAUUGCGGAUUUUGCGUUGGGUCACGCGACGAGUUUUGGUUGUGCAAGUCCGGUUGGAUAUGCGUAG